GGAACAGAUAACUUUAAAUAGUUCAAUAUGAAAGGCUACCUUGUAUGGUUGAUUGUGGCUCUGGCCUGCGGCUCAAUGGCAGAGCUCCUGCCUUUUCCUCUGCCCUCGAAUCGAGAUAAAAUUAUUACUCAGGAGCUCGAAAAGAUGAACACCCAGUUGAAUGCGGUCAAUAUUGCUAUAAAAGCUAAGAAGUCCCGGAUGGUAUUGAGACAGAAUGAGAUCGAAACUGUUUUAGAUAAAAUGUCUACACUCUACAAAGAGAUUGCAAAAUUACAGAAUGAGCUGUUAAGCGAAAAUCUGAAGAUCAGCAAGGUCAAUGCUCAGCCACCGCAGGAGGAAUGUCCGAGCUCAGAGAAGGUCAACGAAUAUGUCCAGCAAAUCGCCAAAGAGCGGGCUGACAAAAUGAUAGCAGGAGAGCGGGAGCCUAAAGAGAAGACAGCCUGGCGAGAAAGGUUAAUCAUGCUGCGGGAACAAAGCGUCUUAAAUUUUGUUCCAAAAAUUCUGGAUUAAAAAAAAAACAUAUUUCUAUGACUAAAAGGCAUGCCCUCUGACUUUCUUAGUUAACCCAAAAGUUUUACAAGCUAGAUCAUUUCUAUUGAGUAGAAUAAAUAGAGAGCUGUGAGGCUGGACAUCCCAGAUCUAAAGUUGAAUAAUAAAUGCGAGAGUUACAACCCA